UUUGCGCAUGCCCAUUAACUUCAACGGUAAGGACGUCAAGUCGAUUAUCGAGUGCUGUUUUAUAGUCGAGUAUCGAGCAAGGCGACUCCCUUCUGAUUCCAUCCAUUACAAUGGCGGAUAAACAAAACGCUCAGAAAAGCGUCAAGAUUGCAGCAGGAGCUGUGGUGUGUGUUGAAAGUGAAAUUAAGGGGGAUGUCACUAUAGGCCCAAGGACAGUGGUCCACCCAAAAGCACGAAUUAUUGCAGAAGCAGGGCCCAUUGUAAUUGGAGAAGGCAACCUGAUCGAGGAACAAGCUGUCAUUAUUAACAGUUACCCAGAAAACAUCACACCAGAUGUUGAAGUGGAACCAAAGACGAUGACCAUUGGUAUCAACAAUGUAUUUGAAGUUGGCUGCUUGUCACAAGCCCUUAAAAUUGGAGACAACAAUGUAAUAGAAUCAAAAGCUGAUGUAGGUAGGAACGUCAUCCUAACUAGUGGCUGCAUCAUCGGGGCCUUCUGCCAGGUGAACACCUGUGAGGUCAUACCCGAGAACACGGUCAUUUAUGGUUCUGGAUGUAUGAGGCGGGUGCAGACUGAGAGACCACAGCCUCAAACACUUCAGCUCGAUUUCUUAAUGAAGAUUUUGCCCAACUACCAUCACUUGAAGAAAACCAUAAAAGUCAGCCAUAGUUAAGUUAUCAUAAUUCAAGUUGGAAUUGUGAAUAGCAAAAUACGAAGUAGCUCAAGAUAAAAAGUCAAUGUAAAAAAAUCAACUUUAUUUUCAUCAGUACUUUUUCCUUACUGGUAUUUUAUACUAACCUCAACACCUUUAUGCCACUGCGCUAACUAAUAUGAUCUGAUAAAUUAAAUAUGCUCAAUUUUGCACUCAUGUUUUGUAUUACAUUAGAGUAGUUUUCAUUAUGGCUACCAGAUCUUUGCUUUUGUUGGUAAUUGUCUUCUACUCACCAUUAGCAUGGAAGGUUUGCUAAUGUAGUAUCAUCCUGCAUAUUUAUUCUACAAAAAUAAAAAUGCAAAAUUACAAGAAAUUUAGAAAAUGUUA